CAUGGCGAGACUCCCUGUCAUCUGGUGCCUGGUUGUGGUGCUGGUGACAAGGAGGAUGUGUGUGUUCUCGGCUGCUGCUGCCAACACUACCUAUGACCUUCCAGGUUCACCACUAACGGUGCCACCGUCUGGACCAUCUUCCGACAUCUUUGGAUUUGUGGCGGCUGACCAACCUAACUUCCUGUUUGUGCCGGUGUUUUGGGACAAAGAGGUUAAACACGAGGUUCUUCGAGAUAAUCAAAUCAGGUUUGAGGCUCCAAGGAAUGACAAAGUGCAGGUUGCAGCCACAGUGAGCAAUCAGGUCAAGCUUAAAGCCCUAGAGAAUGACCAGAUCAAGUUAGGGGCCAUAGAGGAAAAUCAGGUCAUGUUUGAGGGCCAGGAGGGACAUGACACAGUAGAUGUUGCGAUAGUGCCAGAAGGUGAGUUACAGCUGCUGUUGUUGGCUCACAUCCCGACGAAGGGAGAGCCAGGCAUGCUGACCGAAGGAAAUUUGGGUGGUCGUAGAUCCUUGGCCACGAGGGAGCAACACGACGUUCUCCCUCGUUCCCCAACACAUUCUUCCUCUGCCUCCUCCUUCGAGUACGUCUUCUUGAAGUCUUCCUCAUUUGACUAUAUUAUUUUUAAUGAAACAGACCACACCAUUAACUGGUAUGGUUAGAGGAUUGGAAUGAGCCAAGAGGUGGAAAAAAUAAAAUAAAUUCAUAGAACAAUUAUGUGUGUGUGUGUAGACACACACAAAA